AUGGUUCAGGGUCAACAAUGGACAGUGGUGAAGUUUGCAUCCACUGGAAUAGCAUUCAUGGCUUUCGUUCUUUACCUUUACCAGGCAGGUUCUCUUCCAUUUAUACCGACCAAAAACGCCCCGAAGUCGGAUGGCGAGCGUCUGACCUAUGCUUUCCGUUGCCUGGCAUUUUCCAUCCUGCCCCUCUUCAUGGGCAUCAGAGCUGUGGGAAACAAACGAUUCAGUAACAUCGACACCCUUGGGGCAGAUCCGACCGCACCGGUCGACCCCGUCAAACAUCGAGACUUCUUGACCCGCCAAAGGAAUCUCCAGAAUACCUUGGAGCAGACAGUCUUACACAUCGGAGCAGUCCUAGCCCUGGCAUCAAGUCUCCCACUUGAUCAACUCUCCGUGAUACCCGUCUUGGUCUUCUUCUUCGUCAUCGGUCGGAUCACCUACUAUAUUGGAUAUCUUUACUUUGAUAACCAACUUUACAGAGGGUUUGGUUUUGGUGUAACGUUCAUGCCAUCUGUAGUUGGCCUUGGUUAUGCCCUCUUUAUCAUAAUUUUUCGAAAUUAG